AUGGUUCAAAAUGUUUCCAGAAAAAACAUCAAUGAAUUUGUUUUUACAGGAUUUGACACUUUAGAAAAGCCAGUGGUGGUUGGUAUUGUCAUACUUACUGUAUACAUUCUUGUAAUGCUUGCUAACUUGGCAAACAUAUGCUUUAUUGUCAUUGAUAAACGUCUACACCAGCCAAUGUAUGUCUUCAUCUGCAAUUUGGCAAUUGUAGAUAUGCUUUACUGUACAUGUUCAUGUCCAACUAUGAUAAGCAUCCUUAUAGUUGGCUUUAAAAACAUAUCUUAUGUACCAUGCAUCUUUCAGAUGUAUAGUUUUGGAUUAGGAUUUGUGAUGGAGGUGUUUACUAUUUCUGUCAUGGCUUUUGACCGAUUAAUUGCCAUAAUCAAGCCACUGCGCUACCAUUCAAUUCUCACAAACGUACGUUGUGUUAUUCUCACUUUCUUGCUGUGGAUUCUGGGAUCUGCUGCAAUAACAAUUGUGCCUGGUACUGCAGUUCCUUUACCAUUAUGCUCCCCAAUUAUAAAGUAUAUUUUUUGUGAUUAUGCAGCUGUUGUCAGAGCCACAUGUGUAGAUCCAAACCCAUAUUUUGAUUUGAUGUCAAGUUUCACCUUUUUCCUGUUGUUUGGAACAUUCGGUUUCGUUUGUUUAACUUAUCUUAAGAUAGUUAUUGUUGUUGUCAAAAUGACCUCAAAAGGUAGCAAGAAAAAAGUGUUUCAAACUUGUUUAAGUCAUUUAUUAGUGAUAAUCUGCUAUUAUGGACCUGUAUUCAUUCUAGCAGUCCUGACCAGGGUUGGGGUAUCCUUAUCACUUGAAGAACGAAAUGGUCUGAGAAUUGGGACAAUUCUAGGUCCUUCUUUAGUAAAUCCCUUUAUAUAUUGUUUUAGAACUAAAGAGAUUAGAAAUAAAAUAUUAAGAAUUGUGUCCAAAGAACCAACUGAAUAA